AUGUCUUUUAUUAAAAAUGGUGAAAUUAUUGAAAAAGAUAACACAACAGUAUAUAGGUCUGUUUAUGAAGCAUUAGAAUAUAUGUUGAAUUAUAAUCCCGAAAGAUUUGAUCCAAGCACUACGCCAUGUGCAAUGCCCUUUAUUAAGGAUGGUGAAAUCGUAAGGGUUCCGAAUUCAACGGUUUAUACAGCUGUUCAAAACAGUUUACAAAACAUUUUAGCGAAUAUCUUUAAUUCAGAAACUACAGAAAUAAAAUUACCGUAUAUAACAGAUGCUAAAGAAAUUAAAUCAAAAACAACAACAUUAUUUACAUCACUUAAUGAUUUAAUGACUUAUAUAAUUAAUACUCCUUCACCGACUUCGGCAUUUGACCCUAACUCGACGGUUUGCAGUGUACCUUUCAUUAACGACAGUUCAUUAAUUGAAUUAAGGGAUUCAACAGUUAAUGAAUCAUUAAAGGCUUCAUUAAUGAAAAUCAUUGAUUUUAACUCAUUCAUGAAUUCAUAUAAUUCAUUCAUUAAUGUUUCAUACACUUCUAAAGAAAGUGAGCCAAAAACUAUUGAUAAAGCGGUGUAUGAAAUAAAAGCAUCAAUGACGAAAUUGAAUUCGUUAACUUUUGACGGUGAUAGUUCCGUUAACAGCAUGACAUCAGGAAAAACGAUUUUAACGAAAGAAUAUUUAAAAUCUCAUGUUAGUGAGUUCGCUGAAAUUGAAAAAGAAGGUGGAAUUAAGUUCGAUCCACUGGGUUUCAUUUUCGACUUAGCGAAUGCGGGCGUUAGUUUCACUGAAUGGACAACUAUACAGAGUGAAAUAAAUGCAAUAUGGACGUUUUUGGGGUCGAAAGCGGGAAUGGGUGAGCUUGUAGAUGCUGCAAGAAUAUUAGGUGAAACGGAAAAUUUUGUAGAUGGUUUUAAUAGACUUGUUUCAAAUGUUUUAACAAACACAAAGAAAUUAUUUAGAUAUACCGUACAUAACGGACAGAUUUUCGAACAGGUAGCAACUAACCCUCCGGUUAUGGCUGCGUUGAUGGUGGCUAGAGACAUAAACGAAGAGGAAGAAACAGAGGAACAACAGAGCCCAACGGGCUCAGAGCCACAUAGUGGCGAGGAUACGGGUCAGGUUAUUCGAGACAUUAAAAACGUGUAUCCUGAAGUUAUUGAUUUAUUUAGAGGUGUUAAUGAUUCGAUUUCAAAUCAUUCUAUAACCCUUGAUGAAGAGAAUAAAUUAACAGAUUAUAUAUUCGUCAUUAUUGCAGAACUAAUGAAGAGAAUAAAUGAAAAAGGUAUAGCUGAUAUCAUUAAUGUCAGCGAUGUAAUGAUGAAAAGAAAUUUUGACUCAUUAUUUACAGAACCGAAAACAGAAUAUAGUCUUUAUGAUGUAAUUACUGAAUUAAUGAAAAAAAUUAAUGAUAAUAAGAGUUCUGGCGGAAGGGUUGAAUUAGAAGUGAAUGAUGUUAAUGAGAAAUUAGAUAGUAAAGCAGAUAAAAACCAUGUUCAUUAUAUAAGUUCAGAUGAACAGAUUAUAACGGACUAUCAUGGAUAUUUAACACAGGAUAGAGAAGUGAAUACGAAAGAUGUUAAUGAAAGAAGAUAUAAAUUCAUUCGUGCUGAAGGUUAUGACAUAAGAUGUGUUAUAAAUUAUGAUACAACAGGUAAAGCACCAGAAGCAUUUGAUUAUAACGAUGAAAUUUAUGCUUCAUACUUCUUUGUUAACGAUGUAUUAGUUGAACCAAGAUUUACUUUGAUGGUUAAGUCAAAAAUAACUGUUGAAGAUGCGAUUAAAAAUAAAGCUGAUGUAAAUCAUAUGCAUCCUGAGUUAAAUCAAGAAAUAGUAAACUUAAGGCGUGAUUUAAUAACAGAACAUAACGACAUAAAUUCACUUCAAACUUCUUUAGACAGUAAAGCAGAGAAAAAUCAUACGCAUGAAUCCUUCACAACUGUUAGAGCAGACGACAUAAUACUGAACUUUGACCUUGGUUCAAGUGCACCUUUAGAGAAUCCAAGCACUAGCGUAAAAGACACGCUUAGCAGUUUAGAAAGUAAAUGUACGAAUAUCGAAGGUCAUGUCAGAAACUUUGAAGCAUAUGAACUACCAGCCCUUUUAGAUAAAAAAGCAGAUAAAGAACAUACACAUGAAUUCUUCACAACUAUUAGAGCUGAUGAGAUAAUAUUGAAUUGGGCUAUUGCUUCAUCAAGCAUGCGUGAUGAAGAUAUGUGCACUAACCUAAGAGAUAUGGUUGUUGAUUUAGCCAAUAAAACCGACAAAAUAUAUGUAGAUGAAGAAUUAAAUCAUUAUGAUACAAAAGCAAUGAGUUAUACAGAAGAAGCAAAGGAAUGGGUAGAUGAAAAUUAUGUGAAGAAGUCAGAAGUAAAUGAUGCAGUUAAUGGUAAAAUUAAUGAAAGAUUUUCGAAUAUCGAUUCAAUAACAGUUAAUGAUAUUCAAUUACAUCAUCAAUUACCGGUCAAAAGAAUGUGGAAUAUAAUAAUCUCAUUAACAUUCUCGAUGGUUUCGAUGAAUUUAGAACUAAUGCAACAAAUGCAAUUGCAAGCAUGA